AUGGCCCCUAACCAGCGCAUCGUUCCCUCUGGCUCUCGCCCUCAGAAGGGCUUCGUCAGCACCAUCUACGACGAGGCCACCAACCCCGAGAACAAGACUAUUGUCCGCAGUCUCCUGGUUUUCGGAAGUUCCUCCUCCCUCCUAUGUAAAAUCUUCACGCCUUCUACAAAUUCAGUGAUACGGCUUGGACUUCUCUUUUCAAUCUGCGGAAGCAUAUCGGCGUCGGUCAAGGAACACACGAUGUAUCGGCAUCUUUCGUUCGGUGGUUUUUCAAUCGGAUAA